UUGUCAAAUAUGGUAAACAAAAAAAAUUGGAUGAUGUACAAUAUUUCGAAUAACCUAUAAUCUCCAAAUUUUCGAUUAAAUCAAAGCGUCAUACUGAAUUAUUAAGUUUUAAGAACAAGGCGAGACCUACAAUGCGCUCGACAGGUAAUGUGAAUCAUUCAUUGAGUUGGGUAACUGUGUUUGUGCCAAUCUAUUAGUUUACAUACAGCAUUAAAUGUGCCUUAAGUAAAUCGAUCUUUGAAUAAUGUGGUUUUACAAGAUUCUUACGACAUAGGUUAGAGUAAUUAUAAUGGACGAAAGAAGAGUCGCCGAUUAUUUUGUGGUCGCCGGAUUACCGGAUGAUCCAGAGCCGUUGGAUGAUGUAGCUCUUUCAGAUGCUGGGCUACUCAAAAGCACUCAUAGUCAAGCACCGAUUACGGAUGUGGGAAUCAUUUUUCCUACUUUAGAUGAAGUGGCACCUUCUGGUUACGAAGUAAUUAAGCAGACACCAACCGGUUUAAGUGCGGAUUUAAAUCAUGGUAGUUUGAGGAGUCCUGAGUGUUAUAUUUGUUACAAACGGGACAGAGACAAACCUCCUUUGGUUGAUAUUGGUGUUAUGUACGAUGGAAAGGAACAAUUAAUGCCAGAUGCAGAGCUCGUUAUUAAAAGUGUAGGCGACCGAGUAGCAAAUGUUAAUAAUUCGGCCACUCAAACGUUUAUAACAUUUCGUAGAGCCGUAUCUACAUUACCGUGCAAUGCAUUGGUUGUGACUGACAUUUGUGUUGUGAUAGCAAGCAAAGGAGAGUCGCCCCCGCAUGCCUUUUGUUGUAUUAACAAGAAUCUUAACAAGGGUAUUGUCGGUAGUGAUGUUUUUCUUUGCUAUAAGAAAUCAAUGAAUCGAGCCACACUGUUAACUUACCGCCCAUCAUGUUUAUACAGGUAUCCCACCAUCGACUUACCCAACUUCCCGUUUCCAAACUCUGUACCUUUAUUUUGCUUACCUAUGGGUUCGACGUUAGAAUUGUGGCCCGUUAAAGCAGCGCAACCCGCUCCCGUGUUUAGUACUUUUAUAUUGACCGUAUCCGACGCGAAGCAUAAGGUCUAUGGAUCUGCCAUUACGUUUUAUGAAAAAUUCGAUAGAUUUCUAACGGAAAAGCAGCGGGAGUUGUUGGGAUAUUCUCCCAAUGAAGGACAUGCGUUGUAUAUGAAUAAAAGUAUUUGUGUGCUUUCUAAUGGGCCUUUCUCCGAUGCCUUCGAAAAAUGGUUAUUGUAUUUGUACAAUAUUGCAUCAAGUAACAAGCCACAAACAAUUCCUAUUGAACAUUACAUUGUCCAGCUCAUCGAUGAAGUUCCUUUUCCGGCACCUCGUACAUUGUUGCACUUGUCCUCAAACAUUUCGCAGCAAUCUGAACGAAUAAUUAUGAUGCAGCCGGAAGAUUCGCCGUUUCCUCACAGCGCUGCGGGGUUUAGAGAAUUGUUGCUCAAUUUAGGAUCGGAAAAUAGUCUUUUAAUAUUGUUGUUGGCAUUGACAGAACAAAAAAUAUUAAUCCAUUCUCUUAGACCGGACACUUUAACUGCUGUUGCAGAAGCUGUGUCGUCGCUUCUGUUUCCCUUUAAGUGGCAGUGUCCGUAUAUUCCACUUUGCCCAUUAGGUUUAGUUGAAAUUUUACACGCACCUCUACCGUUUUUAAUAGGAGUCGACUCACGGUUUUUUGAUCUCUAUGAUCCACCUGGUGAUGUUAGCUGUGUUGAUCUCGAUACGAACAUCAUCACUGUAUGUGAAAACCAAAGACAAAUUCUUAAUACUAAACUAUUACCAAAGCGUCCAGCCAAGGUUCUCAAAUCGACGCUGGAUGAAUUAUACAAAAAAUUGUUGACAUAUACUAGAAAUACGCAGGUGUACUCUGAAACAGAAGUUGAGAUGGAAUUUCAACAACGGCGGCGAGAGCAAAUACAAGAGCUGGAAGUUCAAGAAGCAUUUCUCAAGUUUAUGGCCAUGACAUUAAAGGGUUACCGUACAUAUCUCCUACCAAUUACUAAAGCACCCACUGUCGGUACAACCGAUCCACAAGCACUCUUUCAACUAGGCGACUUUCUAAAAUCACGAGAUAAAACGCAUCACAAAUUCUUCUCACUGCUUAUGCGAACGCAAAUGUUUAUUAGGUUUAUAGAGGAACGAAGUUUCGUAUCUGACGGAGAUCAAGGUCUCACGUUUUUUGACGAGUGCUGCGAAAGGCUCGGUAAUGAUGACGGCGAGUUGAAAUUGUUCGAAUUGGAAUUGGGACAAACUAGCGAAAGGACUGUGUUUUUAUUGCCUCCAGAACCUCUGCACAAUGGUGAAACGUGUACCUAUUUUGGUUUUAACUUAAACCCGACGUUAUUAAAAACUAAAAGACACAAACAAUUAACGGCAUUGUUACCUGCGACAGCACCUGGUUCGCCGAUGGCACGUCGAACGAAACACGAAAUAAAAUCUGCUCAAAAAUUGGCACGAAAAUGCAUUCGCUCCCCAGAGCUAUGGGCCCGAUGCUUAUUGGGAACGUGUCACACCUUGUAUUUUAUGGCAUUACCAAGCAUGCUGUCAUUAAACACGGGUAAAGAAAGAGCAAUAUUACAACAGUCGUACGAUUUAUUAGUUCGAGCCACUCAGUUACGUCUGGCCUGUGAUGAGGUGUGCUAUCGCCUUAUGAUGCAGUUGUGUGGCGAACAUUCUCGACCUUUGUUGGCGGUUAAGUUGCUUUUGCUUAUGAAGCGAUCGGGAAUUCAACCAAACGCGUUAACUUAUGGACUAUAUAACCGAUGCGUGUUAGAAGCUCAAUGGCCCGCUCACUCGAGUUCGAGCCAGUUACUGUGGAACAAGUUACGGUACGUGGUUUUGGGCGCCGCUCACUUUCGUUGGGCUGCGCGAAGACAGGCGGCUAGAAAACUUUCGGCUUCAACUGAAGGAGGUUCCAGUCUCUUAGAUACAGUUGAUCGUUCCUCUAGACUCUCGUUAGAUUCACACGAAGCAGUGCAAAGCGAAACUAGUUUACUGGAUAAGUUUCGGAAUCACUUUGCAAGUAUUGUGAGAGGUGGUAGUAGCAACUUGCCCGAACAGAAUGUUACUGAUUCUACAGUAUCUAGUGCGGGAUUGCUCAUAUCUAGUCAAAAUGAAUGUGACGAAGAAGUGACAGACAUCACGGAGGAACAGAUGGAUCAACUAGAAGUCAAUCUAACCCCACCCGAGAGUCCAUCUGAAUAUCUUAGGCUUUUAUCUCGAUCUGAAAGUGCAAACGAUGCAAGUAUUAUUGAUAAAUUACAACAAACGUCUAGGAAAAAUUGUUCGCGGGCAUUGCAUUUUGAUGAUGAAGAGGUGGAUGAUCCGUCCAAAACAACACCAACUAAGAUUUCUCCUCGCACUCCCGUAACUGAGAAUGAUCCACUCGGUGCACUUGAGCAACCGAUUGAAGAAGAAACCAAAUGCUUGCCUACCGUUGAAGUUGUGCACGUAAACCGCACUUCGGUCCACACAGACGAUCCAGUCCUAUUUCGUUCGUCAGUGCAAAGAUCUGCGACAUUUGAGGGUAGUCCUCCCACUCAAAAUAAACUGCAUCGGUCCGAAACAAUGCCGGCUGCCAGUAUCGCCUCGAGUCUGGCGGGAAUUGGGUCAAGUUUAAAAAUGGGUUUUAGCCGCUACUCACCAGCACGGCUGUCGUUGCGUAAAGCAGACCUGAAAAUGCCGCAACAGAUCAUUGAAAACGCACUCAGUAAUCUCAGCCCCAGUAGCUUAACAGGAAAGAAGUCAAACGAAUUAAUACAAGGCGGCAUAAGCAGUUUGAAGUCAGCCGCGACAACGGUUGCGAAAAAAUUAGAUGAAAUCAAAGAAGCGAUUUCCACAUCGACGACCUCAACUCCUGUUAAAGCAGUAUCCGGUGAUCGGCUUGGCGCUGGUGAACCGAAUGAUGCUUCUGGCGAUUGCGAGUCAACAGAUGGCAGCGACGGAGGAGAAAGACAUCGAAGGAUAUCUGCCGAGCUCGGCAGCUACAGAGGCAGUACUGCCAAUUUGCGAGAUUCCGAUGACAGCCUUCCUGAAAAUUUAUACCCUCCGUUCACUGAUGUCCCUAUGGAUGGCGAGCUUGAAAUCACUUUAGUUUCGUGUUCUCAAUGUCACAAUUGCUCAGUGCUACUUUAUGACGAAGACAUCAUGUCCAAUUGGUCCGCCGAGGAUUCGAAUUUAAAUACUCUUUGUCAUAGUUGCAGAAAGCCCACAGUUCCUCUUUUGACAAUAUCGAUUAAGCAAGCUGAAAUGAUCAGUGGUGAACCGUUUAGUGUUCCCUAUCUAAAUCCGUUAGUUUUAAGAAAGGAGUUAGAAAACAUUCUGAGUCUAGAGGGAGAUUUGAGUUUGGCCGACGCGAAAUUUGUUGAGCAACAUCCGAUAAUAUACUGGAAUCUUGUUUGGAGCUUUGAACGUAUUAAUGUUCAAAGCCAUUUGCCUAAUCUGUACCUUAAAAAUCGUAAAGAUCACUUGAACAGUAUCAACAAGAUUGAGCAACAGAGUGGAGAUGAUGUCGAAUCCAUCGAUGACACUACAGACGAAGCUGCAGAUGAUGGCGCAAGCUGUAUGCAACCCGUUGAGGAAGGUGCAGAUCCACUUACUCAAGAUUUGGCUACAGUUGCAGAACACUUAUCUGCUCAAGUUACAGUGUUAUGUGUUUGGGACAAUCCUCGUCUACAUGCCGAAGGCCCUCCAAUGUAUAUUCUUUAUCAACGUCGCGAAAUGUCUAGUCCACUUGUCAGUGCUUUAACUGAUCAAACGACGAUUAGCAGACCGGUAAUGCAAAGCAUUUUGUUAGGUGUACACAGUAAUGAUCUAUUGGAACCUCUGAAAAGGCUAGGAAUGGAACGACAAAAAAUCCAAAAAGUGCGAGGUAUCGACCGAACACACUCGAUAUACAGAGACAUACUAUUUCUAGCGUGCAAGGCAUUGGGUCGUUCCAAUAUUGACUUAAAUGCUUUCGAUAAAGAAUAUGCGCUGGCGUUUUCACGUCUCCCUGAACGAAACAGUAAACUUUACAGACCCCAAGACCGUCCUUUAAGUCUUGGCAGUUCGUACUGUCGACAAUAUUUUAAACCUCUUUCCUUAGUAUAAGUUAUUUUAUGUGGUUUCGAUAAAACUGCAACAUUUGUUAGUUUGUUGAAUGUGAUUUUUGUGGCCUUCUUGAGUAAACGUUACUUGUGAAAACA